CCUCCUGGAGCUGCUCCGGCUGCGCUCGCCCCGCAGGCAGAGCCCCGAGGCAGAGGGCGACGGCCCCGACGAGGCGCAGCGCCCGCGCCCCAGCAGCAUGACCUUCCUGCCCGGCGCCCGGCCGCCGCACCCCGCCGAGAGCCCCGGCUUCCUCCGGGGGGGCUCCCUGUGGGGCAGCCGCCGCUGGAACAUCUUCGGGGGCAGCGGCUGGAGCGGCUCCAGCCCCAGGAAGAACUUCAGCUCCCUGCGGAAAAGCUUCAGUUUCCGCCUGCGCCGGGGCCACGAGCUGCGGCGCUCGGAGUCCGGGGGGCUCCUGCGCCCCACGCGCCUCCGCACCAAGAGCGAGGGCGAUGCCAGCUCCCUGCACACCUGCCCCAGCAAGCGGGACCUGCUGUACCCGGAGCUGGCCAGGGUCGGGGGCCGGCUGCACACCGACCCCGUGCAGACAGGGGGACUCUGGAAGCUCCUCACGAGCCGCUUCCGAAGGCGAGAGCGUGGCAGCACUGGCAGCGUGUGCCCCAAGGAUGCCCAUGGCAGUGUUGAGCCUGCCCUCCUGGCUGGGGGUCCUCUGCGGGCUCUGGAUUCAUUUGUGAACAGCCAGGAAUGGACCCUGAGUCGCUCGGUGCCUGAGCUGAAGGUGGGCAUCGUGGGGAACCUGUCCAGUGGCAAGUCAGCCCUGGUGCACCGCUACCUGACCGGCACCUAUGUGCAGGAGGAGUCUCCAGAGGGUGGCCGGUUCAAGAAGGAGAUCGUGGUGGAUGGCCAGAGCUACUUGCUGCUGAUUCGAGAUGAAGGGGGCCCUCCUGAGCUCCAGUUUGCUGCCUGGGUGGAUGCAGUGGUGUUUGUCUUCAGCCUGGAGGAUGAGAUCAGCUUCCAGACCGUCUACAACUACUACCUGCGGCUCUGCAGCUACCGGAACACCGCCGAGGUGCCCAUGGUGCUGGUGGGCACACAGGAUGCCAUCAGUGCCACCAACCCGCGCGUCAUCGACGACUCCCGGGCACGGAAGCUCUCCAAUGACCUGAAGCGCUGCACCUACUACGAGACCUGUGCCACCUACGGCCUGAACGUGGAGAGGGUCUUCCAGGAUGUGGCUCAGAAGGUGGUGGCUCUCCGGAAGAAGCACCAGCUCUCCAUCGGCCCCUGCAAGUCCCUGCCCAACUCACCCAGCCACUCAUCUGUGUCUGCAGCCUCCAUUCCUUCUGUCCACAUCAACCAGGCCACCAACGGUGGAGGAGCCUUCAGUGACUACUCCUCGUCCGUGCCCUCCACCCCGAGCAUCAGCCAGCGGGAGCUGCGGAUCGAGACCAUCGCUGCCUCCAACACGCCCACCCCCAUCCGCAAGCAGUCCAAGCGGCGCUCCAACAUCUUCACGUCCCGCAAGGGCGCGGACCCGGAGCGCGACAAGAAGGUGCCGGAGUGCAAAGCGGACAGCAUCGGCAGCGGGCGCGCCAUCCCCAUGAAGCAGGGCAUUCUCCUCAAACGCAGUGGCAAGUCCCUCAAUAAGGAGUGGAAGAAGAAGUACGUGACGCUGUGUGACAAUGGGGUCCUCACCUACCACCCCAGCCUGCAUGACUACAUGCAGAACGUGCACGGCAAGGAGAUCGACCUGCUGCGGACCACGGUGAAGGUGCCGGGCAAGCGGCUGCCCCGGGCCACGGCCGCGCCCAGCGCCAGCCCCAAGGCCAACGGGCUGCCCAAGGAGAGGAGCAGCUCCCAGCUGGCAGCAGGCACAGGUGCUCCCCACUCGACCAGCAGCACCUCCCUGCACUCGGAGCGCUCCAUCAGCGGCAUCAACCUCGUGGGUUUCAGCUCCAAGCCGGACGGGAUGCACCAGCGCUCCUACUCCGUCUCCAGUGCAGACCAGUGGAACGAGGCCGUGGCUAUCCCCGGCAGCUGCCCCAACCCCUCUAAUGGUACUGCCGACUCCCUCAGCUCCAGCCCAAACAUUUCCAGCGCUGCCAGCCCAAAGCUGGAGCCGCCUCCGUCACCACAUGCCAACAGGAAAAAGCAUCGCAGGAAAAAGAGCACGGGCACAACUCGGCUUGAUGGCCCCAGCACGGCAGCAGAAGAACCAGAUGAGCCAUUUGAGUUCAUUAUUGUGUCACUGACGGGCCAGACGUGGCUCUUUGAAGCCUCAACGUCAGAGGAGCGGGAGCUCUGGGUGCAGGCCAUUGAGAGCCAGAUCCUGGCCAGCCUGCAGGGCUGUGAGAGCAGCAAAAACAAGGCUCGGCUGGGCAGCCAGGGCGACGCGCAGGCCAUGCAGGCCGUCCGCACGGCGCGCGGGAACAGCUUCUGCGUGGACUGCGACGCACCCAAUCCGGACUGGGCCAGCCUGAACCUGGGUGCUCUCAUGUGCAUCGAGUGCUCCGGGAUCCACCGCAACCUGGGCACCCACCUGUCCCGUGUGCGCUCCCUGGACCUGGAUGACUGGCCUAGCGAGCUUCUUAUGGUCAUGACGGCCAUCGGCAACGCCCUCGCAAACGCUGUCUGGGAGGGAAUGGUGGAGGGCUACCCCAAGCCCACUCCUGAGAGCAGUCGGGAGGAGAAGGAGCGCUGGAUCCGGGCUAAGUAUGAGCAGAAGCUCUUUCUGGCCCCACUGCCCCAGUCUGACAUCCCACUGGGGCAGCAGCUGCUGCGGGCCGUGGUGGAGGAUGACCUGCGGCUGGUGGUGACACUCCUGGCCCAUGGCACCAAGGAGGAAGUGAACGAGACCUACGGAGACGGAGAUGGGCGCACAGCGCUGCAUCUCUCUUGCGCAAUGGCCAAUGUGGUCUUCACACAGCUGCUCAUCUGGUACGGAGUGGAUGUGAAGAGCCGGGACGCUCGGGGCCUGACCCCGCUGGCCUACGCCCGGCGGGCAGGCAGCCAGGAGUGCAUCGACAUCCUGCUGCAGCACGGCUGUCCCAGCGACAGCGCCGCCACGCUGACCCCCAGCCUGCCACGCCGCAACGCCAACGCCAACAACAACGCCGCACCCGUGGAGCUCAGCCCCAGCAUGGGCUAACCCGGCACAGCCCUCUGAUCACCAUGCCUGUGGAGCUCAGCACCGGCCCUGGCACGGGCUAGCCCGGCACAGCCCUCUGCUCACCAUGCCCGUGGAGCUCAGCAUGGGCUAGCCCGGCACAGCCCUCUGCUUACUGUGCCUGUGGAGCUCAGUGCCAGCCCGGCACGGGCUAGCCCGGCACAGCCCUC